ACAUUCCAGCAAAAAAGACAUGGCAUCACCAGACACAGAUAAUAAUAUCGCCACCAUGUGUGCCAUCGGCCAAACGAUCCGGGUACGGCUAGGACUUGAUUCCUCUUCGCGACAUUGUCGUGCGACCAUCCUCACGCUCAACGAGGGGUGCCCGCACACCGUGGAUGUUCUAUUUCAAGACGGGAUGGACUGGGCGGAAGGGAAGGAGGAAGAGGCGCAAGUACCUCUAGAUCGACUGUUCGGUUUAGAGCCGUUCGAAGAAGGAAGAGAUGCAGAGAGAGUGGCGAUAGGCAAAGUGGGUGGGACAGGCGCUGAAGAGAGGCGAGAGAGGGCGCAGCGGCUCCGGGAGCAGGGUAAUCAAUUGUUUACUAAAUACAAAGAUUACGGAGCAGCUUUGGAGUUUUACAGCGAAGCGUUGGAGAUUCUAGGUCCGCGCGAGGGAAAGGGCGGCUUACGUGUCGGGGCCUCCGUCCUCAUCACCGCCCCCGGCACCCGUCGAGAGAGCCCUCGGGAGAAGCAGGCCGCCAUUGCCCGGGCCCGUGGCCGCCAGAAAGAGCCGAACGGGGGCGCCGCGUCUCGUAAACGGCAAUUGCAGCCUCGCGCCGGCACG